GUCAGGAUGGGGCUGAGAGCCAGCGGUAGCCAAGGCCAAGCGGGCCGAGAGGUCGGAGCAGAAGGGCAGGAUUGGGCCUCUGAAUCAGAAAAUAAAAGUAUACAUUCUGGCAGAAUCUCUACCGUGCACAACGUUCCCAUGAGCGUCCUCAUUCAGCCGCUGCCCUCCAAGCUGGACCAGGACAAGGUGAAGAGCCUCAUGGACACCAUCCAGGAGGACCCAGACCGGGUGCCACCUAGUGAUGUCCUAUGGAUUAAAGGAGCCCAAGGAGGGGACUACUUUUACUCCUUCGGAGGAUGCCACAGAUAUGCAGCCUACUGGGAACUGCAAAAGGAAACCAUCCCUGCCAAGCUGGUCUGGUCUAUGAUAUCUGACCUUCGUGUGUACCUGGGUUCUUCCACGCCAGACCUGCAGUAG